CCGGCUUACAUGUUGGGGGAAAAAAAGAAAAGACGAAUGGAAAAAUUGUAAUCCACAAAACGACCCUUGCCUUGUACCUCAGCGAUACGGUCACUAAUUAGUUAAAAUGAGCUCCCAGCAAUUCCCCCGUCAUGGGCUGCCUGCUUCCAGCGGGGGAGCACCUCAGAUCCCCACUGCUGGAAACCUGGUGUCUGUCAAUCAGCCGUCAAAUCCACCAGCUGGAACAGAUGCUGAGAGCAGUCGGGAUGCUGACCAUGGACAGCAGGAUCAUCCACCUGCCGGGGGCGGGGGAACCUUGGCGUUCAGAGAUGACAAGCAAGAGACGAUGGUAGUCAGACCUUACCCACAAGUACAGACGCACGGCCAGCCACAAGCUACCCCCCAAACCGUGCCCAUUCAGCCCGGCACACCUGUGACUGUACCUGCCCCCUCUGUCCACCUCCCACAGGGCCAGCCUGCAGUCCUCACUGAGGGACAGAUGAAGGCUGUCCUGAAGUCACCCAUGCCAAGUCGUCUUAUUGCCCCAGCACCAGCUUCCAACCAGGGUCAUAUCCCCAUACCCCCCAAGGUGCCUGGUCACAUUACUGUCACCAUAGAGAGCAGCAUUGCUCCAACGCCAUCUAUACCUGUGGCAACUAUCAGUGGUCAGCAGGGUCACUCCAGCAACUUACACCACCUGAUGCCGGCUAACAUUCAGAUCAUUCGGGGCAGUGCCCCUGCACUGCAGAUCGGGACUCCUGCGGUCCCUCCCCAGACCUUCACAUCUCAUUUACCCCGAGGCGCUGCUGCAGCAGCUGUUAUGUCCAGCUCCAAAACUGUCCUGCGGCCAGCCACUGGAGGAAGCGCAGGCCCCGGCCAGCCCACAGUUCAGCACAUCAUCCACCAGACGAUACAGUCCCGCCCUGCUGUAACAACGUCGACAGCUGUGCUUCCAACUGUGGUGGCCCCCAUUUCAGCAACUAGAACUCAGUCCCCAGUUAUCAGCCCGACAGUCACACACUCUGCAGAGGUGGCACAUGGGCGUCCAGGGCUGACCAUUCACCCUCCUCCGGCCACCGUCAGUAUUCAGAGGUCUCAGACGUCCCGUGACACCGCCACACGGAUCACGCUGCCGUCUCACCCUGCAAUUGGGGCUCAAAAACCUCAGCCUCCACACACCAUGACACAGAAGCCCAUCUUCAGUCCUGUGACACCAGUAGCUGCAGCAACUGUGGCACCAAUUGUUGCCACUAACACUGUGCCAUCAACAACAACAAUAGGCUCUGUGCCACAUACCCAAAUGACCAGUAACACUAUUGUCACCAUGACGAUGGCCUCGCACUCCUCUCAUGCUACAGCAGUGACCACCUCUGCCAUCCCUGUUGCGAAAGUUGUCCCUCAGCCCAUCGCCCACUCUUCAUCCCGCGUGCAGCCCGACUACCCCGGAGAGAGAACCAACCUCAUCCCCAUCCCAGGCCAUCGGUCGUCUCCUAACCCCGUCACCAUGGAAGCAAGAAGUGACAACAGGCCUUCUGUUCCUGUGCAGUUCCAGUAUUUCCUGCCGGCGUACUCCUCGUCAUACCCUCUGACACACACCUACACCCCCAUCAGCAGCUCUGUAUCGACCAUCCGACAGUAUCCUGUUACUCCUCAAGCUCCGAGUUCAGCGCUGCCCACCCAAGCUGGAGUAGGCGUGGCAACCACUGUCCAUCUCAACCACAUGCAGCUGAUGGCAGUGGAUCGGAUCGGUCUCCCCUCUGCACAAAUCAGCACCCAAGGGAUCCAGCCAGCACCAAUCGCUGCACAGGGCAUUCAGCCUGCGCCGAUAGGAGUGCAGGGCCUGCACACGUCUGCACCCAUAGGCACACAAGGCCUACAGCAGGCACCAAUAGUCACUCAGCAGCAACAGCAACAAGCACAGUCUGAAGCAAAGCCAGGGGUUGUUUUGGCUGAUGGUUUUGUCGCGAGCCCCAUCAGCAGCACAUUCAGCACCACCCAGCCAGUCGCCACCAUGGUGCAGGCACACACGCAGGGAGGAGUAGGAGGAGCCCCCACGCUGGUCUCCUCCCCUAGACCCAGCAUCCUCCGCAAGAAGCCUGCUAAUGAAGGUUGUGUUCGUAAGAACCUGAUCCCAGCUCAGCCCAGUGAGCCCAGUGGUGGCAGAAUCGACAGUGGAGUGAGAGGAGCAGGAUCUCCCCGCCCUGCAGGUGUGAAACCCAAAGCCGAGGUCCACAUGGCAGUGGCCCCUCCUGUCAUGGCUACAGUAGAAGCACUGCCUUCUCAGGGAGGAGAGCAGCAGGCUGUGUCCUCAAAUGCUCAGCACCUCGCCCAAGCCAUCCCCACCAUGCUCGCCACGCCAGGGCCUGUACCUCCCUCUCAGCCCUCCACUGUCCUCUCAGCCCUUCCAGCAGCCAUGGCUGUAACUCCUCCCGUUCCUGCUUCAAUGGCCAACACUGUGGCCUCCCCCACUCAGCCUGCGGCCAGUAGCACUGCAGCCUGUGCUGCCAGCUCUGCCUGCCCAGAUCUGAAAAUUAAACAGGAGGUGGAGACCAUGGACACCUCCCAGCCAGAUCCCAAUGCGAACCUGUCAUCAGCCCCAGCCCUCACCACCCAGGCCUCCACCCUGAACACUCCUGCCACAGGAGAUCUGAUCCCCGGGGCCUCCCCAAGGAAGAAGCCCCGCAAGCAGCAGCAUGUUAUUUCUACAGAGGAGAGCGAGAUGGUGGAGACCAACAGCACAGAUGAAGAGAAGGCCCCAGGCAGGCCCAUCACCGGCAGGGCUGAGAGGCGCGAAUCUCCACCAAGGGAAUAUGUUGAUGAGGAAGGAGUGCGUUAUGUACCAGUCAGGCCUCGACCACCUGUUACUCUGCUGCGCCACUACAGGAAUCCCUGGAAAGCUGCCUACCACCACUUCCAGAGGUACAGCGACAUCCGGGUCAAAGAGGAGAAGAAGGGCAGCUUACAGGAUAUGGCGAACCAGAGAGGAGUGGCAUGCAGAGCACAGGGCUGGAAGAUUCACCUGUGUGCUGCACAGCUCAGGCAGUUGUCGAGUUUAGAACAUGACGUGUACAGCCGCCUCUCCACCCUCCAAGAGGGCCUGAUCCCUAAGAAGAGAGCAGGCUCCGAUGACGACCUUCACCGAAUCAACGAGCUUAUACAGGGUAACAUGCAGCGCUGUAAGCUCGUGAUGGACCAGGUGACCGAGGCCAGAGACACCAUGAUGAAAGUGCUCGACCACAAGGAGAAAGUGCUGAAGCUGCUCAACAAGAACGGCACCGUCAAGAAGUCCUCCAAACUGAAACGUAAAGAACGGGCAUAAUCUCGAACCUCCUCUCCUCUGUCGACAACCACCGCCGCCCGUCUCUGAAGGGGCGAAGGAGCUACUCAGAAUUUGGUGCUAUGAUUUGCUGCAUACAAUCGCACGCACCCUCCCUAUCUGCCUGAGAGCAGACAGAGAGAAGUGACGGGAAGGCUUUGAGAAGCAGACGGCCCAUCAGGAAUAGGUUCUCAUUAACGACCCGACGCACAUAUUGAGCGUGGAGCAUUGUAGGUUGCAUUAGAGUGGCCAACUGGACGGCCCUGUCACUGUUUCCCAUUCUUUUUUUGUUCAUUUUUGAAGACCCCAGAGACCAUUUUUACUAACUUAAUUUCUGCCUCUUCUUUUAAGACGAUGUUGGAACCGGCAUGUUGUGAUGGUUGGCACUAAAUGCAGUUGCAGCAAAAACAGACGAAAGUAUUUCAGUGAAGGUGAUCCACCUGAGAGUUGUUGGAUGGUCAUUGACAAAGAGUCCUUUAGUAAGAUGUGUGUAUACAGACUAAUCGCAGUCGUGCUCUUUUCAUUAAUCUGUGCCUUCAUUUUGUCGUUGUACAUGAAAUGGACGGGGACACGUGAACGCUGUUCCACGUGCUGUUAAAAUAUUCUUAAAUUAUCAGUCAGAGAAAAGUGUCAGGUCAGUUUCACUGCUUCCCCUUUCUCUCCAAACACCCUGCACCUGCAUUUUUCUAGUUUUGAUUUCUUCAUCACAGUAUGGGUAAACAGUUACCUAAUGUCAGCCACAAGUUUAGGUGUAAUCUAAAAGAUGAUGAGAAACUUAUAUGGGUUUAGAUUUUAAAAAAAAAAGUACUAGAUGAGAAACUAAAUGUGGCAAAUUGAAUUGAGUUAAUAUCCACAACAAUGCUCUUAAAGGAUGAAUAGUGUCCUUAGAUGGUGAUUUGAAAGCGAGAACAUACUGCAUAUGCAUAAAGCCAAGAUGACUUUACAUUUAAACUGCCGUGAGUCGACAACUUAAUCCAAAGUGAACGGAUGUCAUGGUGGUAAAAACAAUAUUUUCAUUUGGUUUUAGGAAGUGAAGUGCUUGAAGCGAGUUCCCUCGUGUGAUCAUACUGGUGGAUUGAAUUCAUGUAAAUCACUGUAAAUGUGCUUUUGGUUUUUUCCAUUGACCUGGUUUUUCUUUCAAGUUUUGUACUCAAUGAAACAUUUUGUGCCGUGUGAUGUGCUGCUGCUUCAUUUUGCAGAGUGUAACGAUAAUGACGUUAUGAGAUGAAGUGAGCCUGAAACAUCCAGCUAUUGUACAUUGUUUUCGUCUGUGUAAUUAUAGUAAAGAUACUUAAACAAUA